GGCGGGGGACGCUGCCCCAGCGGGGCGGGCCGGGCCGGCAAUGGCGGCGCCGGGGUUUGGCUCCUGGCUUACACAUUAAAAGUGGCCAUAGGCCUUGAAACGCCUGGGGGGUGUUCGGUAGCGCUUGUUCCCGGGGGAAAUUAUCCUGCGCCUGGUUUUGCCGCGCACCAGGAAUGUGCUUGAUAAUUGCCACCAUGUUCUCACAGUGCUCACAGGAUCUGUUAAAGAUUGCAAAUCUUCAUCUCCGGAAUCUGAAUUUAAAUCUACAUUUACAAAACCCUAGAAGGGCUUUCAGCAAGUCACUGCCUGCAUGUCGAAGGAAAGUAGUUGUUACAGGUAUCGGUUUAGUGUCCCCUCUUGGUGUGGGGACUCAGUUUGUGUGGAAGCACCUUCUGGAAGGAGGCAGUGGGAUUACAUCACUAGAUGGGGAAGAAUAUGCAGGCAUCCCAUGUAGAGUGGCUGCGUGUGUGCCAAGGGGAAACAAGGAGGGUGAAUUCAGUGAAGAAAGCUUUGUGUCGAAGUCAGAGAUCAAAUCCAUGAGUUCUGCCACCGUGAUGGCCAUUGGUGCAGCAGACCUCGCAAUGAAGGACUCUGGCUGGUCUCCCCAGUCUGAACAGGACCACUUAACUGCCGGUGUGGCAAUUGGGAUGGGAAUGGUUCCACUAGAAGAAAUUUCUGACACAGCUGCCUUAUUUAAAACAAAGGGUUACAAUAAGGUCAGCCCGUUUUUUGUCCCAAAGAUUUUAGUCAAUAUGGCAGCAGGCCAUAUCAGCAUUAAAUACCAACUGAAAGGGCCGAAUCACGCCGUGUCGACCGCUUGUACCACAGGCGCACAUGCAGUUGGAGACUCCUUUAGAUUCAUUGCUGCUGGUGAUGCUGAUGUUAUGUUGGCUGGAGGAACUGAGGCUUGCAUUAGUCCUUUGUCUUUGGCUGGAUUCGCGAGAGCCCGCGCCCUCAGCACGAGUUUUAACUCGAGCCCUAAAACGGCCUGUCGACCCUUUGAUUCACAGAGGGAGGGGUUUGUAAUGGGGGAAGGUGCUGCUGUGCUGGUCUUGGAAGAGCAUGGACAUGCUGUACAAAGAGGUGCUAGGAUCUAUGCAGAAGUUUUGGGUUAUGGACUGUCUGGUGAUGCUUGCCACAUAACAGCACCUAAUCCCGAGGGAGACGGUGCAUUCAGGUGCAUGUCUGCAGCAAUUAAAGAUUCUGGGAUCAAACCUGAAGAUGUAACAUAUAUCAAUGCACAUGCAACUUCUACACCUCUAGGAGAUGCUGCUGAGAAUCAAGCAAUCAAGAGACUUUUUAAAGAUCACUCACGUAAUAUUGCAGUUUCCUCAACAAAAGGAGCAACGGGACAUCUCUUGGGGGCUGCAGGAGCUAUUGAAGCAGCUUUUACUGCACUGUCGUGCUACCACGGGAUUUUACCCCCUACUCUAAACUUAGAGAAAACAGAGGCAGAGUUUGAUCUCAAUUAUGUUCCACUGACGGCUCAGGAAUGGAAAACUGACAAACGGCGUGUAGCACUCACAAAUUCAUUUGGCUUUGGUGGCACUAAUGCAACUUUGUGCUUUGCAAGUGUUUAAUUUACACUGUGAAUGGUGUGAAAAAAUGGCACCAAUGAUGAUUUUCUGUACUGCUCUCCCUGGUGUGUUCUGUAAUCUUUUUUCAGCUUUGAGAGUUGCUCAUUUGAUACAUAAGAACUUUAUUCACCCUAACAUUUACACCAGUAAUUCUUUUAGAAAGAGGAAACUUCUUUCACUCAUUUUAAUAAAAAUAAAUAAAAGCUCCA